GUGGUGUGCGAGAUUCAAUUGGAAUAGUGGAAUUAUCACGAAGUGGAAAUGCUGUGAUUGAUAAAUGUGUUAUGACGUUUGCUUCGUUAGCAUUAGAAGUGGAAAUCUUAACAGAUCUGGCAAAAACUGAAUACUUCAAUGCGUUACUUGCAUAUGGCGAAGAUGUUGAUGGAUGUUUGGACAAAGAGGGUGGAUCGGUGAAAAUGAUGGCACGCUUCUUGCCGUUCCUUCAAGAACUGUCGGUUCUCGUGAAUCGUUGCUACGAAGUAUUCCGCAACUUCAUUCUGCAACUGCAUCACUUCUUUGUCUUGAAAGCCAUGCAAAUGAUGCACCAUAAUCCUUCACAGUUUGGUGCUGAAUCCGAGUAUUUGCGUCCGUUGCAGUCAGUCAUCGUACAGAUUGAUUCGCAGAUUAUGAGUGGCUUUAUUUUUAAGAAUUGUUGUGAGCAAGCAUUCAGUGAAGAACUGCAUACAGAUUCGCAGUUUAUUGAACGAAUGCGAAAUGCUAUCCUCGAAAUGCACGAGAAAUGGGAUCAUGUAGCCGGUGAGUUGGGUUUUUCUUCUUUCUUGUUAGCGUUUCAUUUGAUCGGUGAGAUAAUUUGGACACCGUGUGAUUUUUUGGUGAAAUCGGUGAAUGAGAUUGAGCGUGUGCUCGAUCGAAAAUCAUUACAGUCGAUUGCAUCGUUACGCUCGUCGUUGUUCGAUCAGCAAGCCGAGCUGUUGAUCCGUGAAACAAUCACUCAUUCAACUAUGCUGAUGGAAUGGCAAUGCAAAAUGGCUGAGGAGCUUCGCGAAUGGCCGAAAGAGAAUGCACAUGGGCAUUUGAUAUACCGUACUACAUUAUUUUUUAAGGGUGCACGGCAAGUUGAUUCGAUAUCUCGUCUACUUAGAACUGUGUUGAAUGGGCAUUUGUACGAGCAGAAAGCGAUUUCACGAAGUGCUGCAGUUGCGAUAUUCCGUUUAGUCGAACUGAUCAAAGCAUGGGUUGCCUUAGAGAUGGCCUGUUACACGAAAAUAUUUCGCUGGAAUGAGGUGCAAGAAAUGGAUGAAUUCCUGAUACAACUUGAUGUACUACUGAAUUUAGGGACCGUUCUAUCGAACUUAUGUGACUGCUCAUUUCUCUAUUCACACAGAAGUAUUAUGAAUGCCUAUUUCGACUCAUUAUUAGACGAUUCUACAGCGCAUGCUGAUGUCAGUUUUUGUUACACGUCAAUCGCAGUAUGCUCUUUGUCAGUUUCAAGCACGGUGCUUAUGGAUAAUAUUCGUUCGAAUUCUUCAAUUUAUUUUCAGCUCUUCUUUGAAGCGAUUUGUGACGCUGAAAUUAUUCUUAAAGGAAGUCGUCAAGCGGAAUCAAAUGUGGUUACAGAAAAGUUUUAUGGGGAAAUUUACGAUGAGUUUCAACAGCGAUUUUUGUUGAAAUUAUGUGAGGCAAUUGAAACCGAUUUACGUUUAUCAAUUCAUUCGCACUUGCAAUUAGACGAACAAAUCGCUGAGGAUUUAAGUGCACAUUGGAUUAGUUUAUUGUUUUGUGAACCUAUUCGAUUAGGUGAACGACUUGUCGAUAUUAAACGGUAUGUUGAGCGUUAUUUGGAAAGAACAUUCUACAACUUGAAUGCAGUUGCAUUACACGACUGCAAUACGUAUACAGAAAUGCGUUUGUUAGCUGAGAAUAAGUAUGGAUUAAUUCUGUGCGAUAGUCGAUUGCCGUUUCAAACGUUGGAACAAGGAUUGGAUGUUCUUUUGAUAACGCGGAAUAUUCAUUCAUUUGUUACCACUUAUAACUAUAAUCUCAAUGCACAGUUUUUUAUCGAAAAUGAUAGUAAGAAUAAACAACUGAAUAUUCUAACCGUUGAACAUAUCGCUAACUCAAUUCGAACACAUGGAAUGGGUAUCAUGAACACAACUAUAAAUUUCGCUUAUCAAUAUCUGAAGAAGAAGUUUUUCAUUUUUUCGCAGUUUUUAUUCGACGAUCAUAUCAAAGGACAAUUGGCCAAAGAUAUUCGUUUUUUUCACGACAACACAAACGAACUCAACAAAAUGUAUCCCGUUAAAAGAGCACAACGUUUCAAUACGGCAAUUAGACGCCUUGGUGUUACAUCCGAUGAUUUAUCAUUUUUGGGUAAAUUUCGUAUUCUUAUCACUCAAAUUGGUAACGUUAUGGGAUAUGUUCGUUUGGUCAGAUCAGGCGGGAUCGAAGCGAGUUCUCAGUCGUUAGCAUUCAUUCCAGAUUUAGAUGAUAUUCCGUCAUUUGUUCCGUUGACUGCAAAGGCGAAUCUCUCGAAAGAAUCGGUGAAUGCGGCCAAAAUAUUGGACGGAAUAUUUGAUGAUGCAACUAAGAAUAUGAAUCAAACGAAUAAUUAUUUACAGAUUCUAUUAGAAGUAUUCGCAAAAGAGUUUAGAAAUUUCGCAAAAUUCGAUCAUCUGAGAAGUUUCUUCAUAAUUGUACCUCCGUUAACAAUCAACUUCGUUGAACACAUUCUUGCUUGCAAAGGUAAACUGGGACGACGUUCAAAGCAAAAUAAUACAUUUACGGAUGAUGGUUUCAUUCUCGGUGUUGCGUUCAUUUUGACUUUAUUGAAUCAGUUGAACGAUUUUUCCGCAUUGAACUGGUUCGAAUCCAUUGAAAGUAAGUGUCUUGAAGAAAUGAAAAAUACGUCUACGUCAAAAAUGUCUUCAACUCGUCUGAACACAAACACUGAACCAUCAACGACUCUUCGGAUCGCUAAACUUGAGCAAUAUCAAAAGGAAUUCCGACUUCUCUUCUACAACUUCAGUUCAGCAAAAAUCUUCUUCCGCGCUUAUCAAGGUUUUAUUUUAUUUUUGCAUGUAAUUGUUGAGAAGAUUUGA